UACAUUCUUUAUUGCAAUGUCAAGUUUUAAUAAUAAAGAAAUAGAAAAUAUGCCGGUACAUAGUCAGAAACCAAAACACGUUAGGAGGUUAAAUUUUGGUGAAACUAUUCUAAAUUUAAGUACCACUGAUAGAUCGGAAGGACCUGAUGCAAAUAAAUUUAUAAUUGAUGAAAAAGUGGAAGGAAUACCUAGAACAACAAAAGAUGCUCUUGUACGUAACUGGGUUGAAUUCCACGAGGAUGAUGGUUUAUCCAGUAAAGAACAUAUUCAACCAAUUCAAGAAUCUAUACCGAGUGCAUCUACAUCCAAACCAUUACUGCAACCAUCUGUUUCUACUAUUUAUAAAUACGAGAAUAAUGAACUAGUAGAUAUAGGAUAUAAUCCUCUCGACAAAUUUCAUGUAGGAUUGUGGCCAGAUCUUACUAGCCUGAAACGAAUGAAUUUAGAAAGAUCAGAUUCUUCCACUGAAAAUAAAAAAAUCAAGUUACAUACAGAUGAUCAUAUUAAUGUAAGUAAGAAUACUUUUGUAAAUAAUUCUGGACACAAUAGUUCACCAAAUGUGAUUGUGAACAAAUCUCCUGUAUUAGUUAGAGAUGCAUACUAUUACAAAAGGAGACAUGAACGAUUCUUUACAAAGAAUGUUCAAAAGGAUAAUGUAAAUACUGCUAUAAUUGAGACUGAUAACUAUAGUAAUAGAAAUAUGGACGUACAAUUUCCUAAUACGACGUGUCAUUAUUUAAAAGAUCGGUGUUCUGAAAUUUCCACGUCUGCUGCAAGACAAAGAGAAAUAGAUGGCAAUAAAGAUAAUCAAGAUGAAGAAUUUUAUCCAUCAGAAAACAUAAUGGUUCCUACUUCCUCAAACUCUGCUAUGAUAGAGGAUAAUAUAAGUAUUAAGAAUAGUUCCAUAGAUAAGAAUACGUUUAGCACAUGGCAUAAUUUUAAUUCUCGAAGUCCUGAAUUUUCUAUGUCUGCUGCUGAACAGAGAAAAAUAGACUAUUUGAAAGAUGAGAAAGAUAAGGCAAUUUAUGUACCAAAGAAUAUGGUUGUUUCUACUUUCUCGAACUUAUCUGUGAUAGAGGAUAAUAUAAUUAUUAAGAAUAAUACCAUAGAAAAAAAUACUUCUGUGAUUGAGUCAAUUUCUAGUGAUGAUAGUAAUACUAUAGAUCAAACAGAAAUUACAGAUUUUAAAAGCGAUGAUGAUGAAAUACUAAGCAUUUUGAUAGAAGAUACCGAAAAUAGUAAGGAUAUGAUUUCUUUAGCAAAUAACUCUAUUGCUGGGUCUAAUACAGUACUCAAAACUUCAUGUGAAGUCAUAGACAAAGGUUAUGUUGCAUCUACCAAAGAUUCAGAUGAGAUAUAUUCUAAAACAGAAUUUAAUAAGAGUACAUAUCCCUAUAAGAUCAAAACUAGAUGGGCUAAUGCAUCUUUAAAAGAUUUUGAUGAAACAUUCUAUUCUAAAGCAGAAUCAAUCAAAUCGGAAUCAUCUGUGUUUCAAAAUGAUCAUGCAUUAGAGAAAAUAUCACAGGUAACUACCUCUUCUAAUGAAAGCGUAGAUAAUAAAUCAAGUCAAACAAAUUGUUUUAUAAGUACUGCUACAUCUCCAGCGAAGACAAGUAGUUGUCCUGCAAUGUCUUUACAAAUAUUAGAUUCUUGCAAGAAAAGGCGUAGAAUCAAAAAGAAAAGUUUAACAGCAAAAUUGCAAUCAUUAGUAAAUAGGCAAACAUCUUUUGUUCGUAUAUGGCUGCAUCAAAUAAAGCAAGCAGAUAUCGAUGGUACCUUGAUCCCACAUGUAGAUGUAUAUGUGGAUAAGUGUACAACGCAUUUGCAUAGACAAUUUUUAGAAGGAAUUGUCUUAAAUGAUUCUUUUGAUCUUUUAAAUAAUAAUGACAAUCAAGAAAAUUCGAAUGUAGGUAAAUCAUCAUAUAAAAAUAUUACUAUGGUUAUUGUACCUGAUAUCGUAGGUAAAAUUGAAAUGAAAUUAGAAAGCAGAAUUAUGUCUAUAGCUCAAGAUCGUCCCGAGUUAUAUGAAGAAGUGAAAUUAUACAAAAAUGCCAGAGAAAGAGAAAAGUAUGAUAAUCAAGCCGAUCUCUAUGCAGUAGUUAAUACUUUGCAACACUUGGAAAAGGCUUAUAUCAGAGAUUGUGUUACACCGAAAGAGUAUACAGCAGCAUGCAGUAAAUUGUUAGUUCAAUAUAGGGCAGCAUUUAAGCAGGUACAAAGCGAACAAUUUCCUACAAUAGAUGUAUUUGCAAGAGCAUUUCGGUUGGACUGUCCAGCUGCUUUGGAAAGGAUUAAAGAAGAUCGACCUAUUACGAUCAAAGAUGACAAGGGAAAUACUUCUAAGUGUAUUGCAGAUAUUGUUUCUUUGUUCAUUACUUUGAUGGAUAAACUACGACUAGAAAUCAAAGCAAUGGAUCAAUUACAUCCAGAUUUAAGGGAUCUAAUGGAUACUAUGAAUCGUCUAAGUAUAUUACCCAGCGACUUUGAUGGAAAAGAAAAGGUUACCGAAUGGUUACAAACAUUAAAUAAUAUGUCAGCUUCAGAUGAAUUAUCAGAUACACAAGUGAGACAACUUAUUUUUGAUCUAGAAACAUCUUACAAUGCUUUCAACAAAAUAUUACAUAAUUCUUAACUCUGAAUAUUUACCAAAUUCACUGCUCAGACAUAUUUUUUUUCAAUGCAGUGAUAAUUAUUCUGAUCGUUCAAGUUAUAAUAAAGUGUAAUUGCGUAAGUUUUUGCAAUGAAAACUAUUCGUGUCGAAUUAUUUUCUUCAAAUUGUUCCUUCAAUUUUAUGCGAGGAUAAUUGUAUCGAAGGAUAUAUCGUAUUAAUAUUUGCUCGCUACGUGUAAUUAUGUUAAAUAUAAGUGACGUAUAUAUAUAUAUAUAUAUACACAUGUAUAUAUAUAUAUAUAUAUGUAUAUGGAUAUGUAUAUGUAUAUGUAUAGCUAUGCACAGAGUUAACUAUUUUCGAUGCGAUACUUUCUAAACCAUACACAGUGAAUUGCAAAGUGUGUGACACCUGAUGUUAAAUAUAUAUAUUAUUACAGUGAUAAAAUGAAUUAUAAUUAUCAAUUUCUAUUAAAAGAAAAGAAAACAAUAACCAAAAUUCAUUGAAUGUGAACUACUUUUAAGAUUUUGUUGUAUUUUAUGAGAAUUAAGAGAUAACUUUUUGAUAAUUUUAAGUGUAAUGUUUGCGAAGUACAUUCACAUUUAAAGUAGUCUAAGACAAAUAUAUAUGUUGCGUUUGUUAUUACUAAGUUGUCAUUGUAUUUCAAUAGUCAAGUUUUGUCAAAGUAUUGCUUUGAUCACCGAAGAAAUAUAUAAUAUCGAAGAAAA